GACAGCUUGGUUCCUGCGCGGAUGCUGGGGCUGUAGGCGCCGCGCUGUCAGCUGGCUGAGGCUCUAAGGGAGAAGGACGUCGGGGCUCGCCUUCCCUCCGCUACUUCCGCCGCUGUCAUGAUUCCGGUGUCGCUGGUGGUGGUGGUGGUGGGCGGCUGGACUGCCGUCUACCUGACCGACUUGGUGCUGAAGUCAUCAGUGUAUUUUAAGCAUUCUUAUGAAGACUGGCUGGAAAACAACGGAUUGAGCAUUUCCCCUUUUCACAUCAGAUGGCAAACUGCUAUUUUCAAUCGUGCCUUUUACAGUUGGGGACGGCGGAAAGCGAGGAUGCUUUACCAGUGGUUCAAUUUUGGAAUGGUGUUUGGCGUAAUUGCCAUGUUCAGCUCUUUUUUCCUCCUGGGGAAAACGCUGAUGCAGACUUUAGCACAAAUGAUGGCUGAUUCUCCCACCUCUUAUUCUUCCCCCUCUUCUUCCUCUUCUUCCUCCUCCUCUUCUUCCUCCUCCUCUUCUUCCUCUUCCUCUUCUUCACUUCACAAUGAACAGGUGCUACAAGUUGUGGUUCCUGGUAUAAAUUUACCGGUCAACCAACUGACCUAUUUCUUCGCUGCAGUCCUCAUUAGUGGUGUUGUACAUGAAAUUGGACAUGGGAUAGCAGCUAUUAGGGAACAAGUACGAUUUAAUGGCUUUGGGAUUUUUCUCUUCAUUAUUUAUCCUGGAGCAUUUGUUGAUCUGUUCACCACUCAUUUGCAACUUAUAUCACCAGUCCAGCAGCUAAGGAUAUUUUGUGCAGGUAUCUGGCAUAAUUUCGUCCUUGCACUCCUGGGUAUUUUAGCUCUUGUUCUGCUCCCUGUAAUUCUCUUGCCAUUUUACUACACUGGAGUCGGGGUGCUUAUCACUGAAGUUGCUGAGGACUCACCUGCCAUUGGACCCAGAGGCCUUUUUGUGGGAGACCUUGUCACCCAUCUACAGGAUUGUCCUGUUACUAACGUGCAGGAUUGGAAUGAAUGUCUAGAUACCAUCGCCUAUGAGCCCCAAAUUGGUUACUGUAUAAGUGCGUCAACUUUACAGCAGUUGAGCUUCCCAGUUAGAGCAUACAAACGGCUAGAUGGUUCGACUGAAUGCUGUAACAAUCACAGCCUUACAGAUGUGUGCUUUUCCUACAGAAAUAAUUUUAAUAAGCGUUUGCAUACAUGUCUACCUGCUCGGAAAGCAGUUGAAGCCACUCAAGUUUGUAGAACCAAUAAAGAUUGUAAAAAAAGCUCAAGUUCAAGUUUCUGUAUAAUUCCUUCUUUGGAAACUCAUACUCGCUUAAUAAAAGUGAAGCACCCGCCUCAAAUCGAUAUGUUGUACGUAGGACAUCCACUACAUCUUCACUAUACAGUGAGUAUCACUAGUUUUAUCCCACGUUUCAACUUUCUAAGCAUAGAUCUGCCUGUGGUUGUGGAGACAUUUGUCAAGUACCUGAUUUCCCUCUCAGGAGCUCUGGCUAUUGUUAAUGCAGUGCCCUGCUUUGCUUUGGAUGGACAGUGGAUUUUAAACUCUUUCCUGGAUGCCACCCUUACCUCGGUGAUUGGAGACAAUGAUGUCAAAGAUCUGAUAGGAUUUUUUAUCUUGCUUGGUGGCAGUAUACUUUUGGCUGCUAAUGUGACCCUGGGACUCUGGAUGGUUACAGCACGGUAAUAUUUGCACUCAUCUGACAGAAUCUCUGAGUUACAAUAUACAAUCCUGAAAACCUUACUUGCUAUGAAAUAUAAAGUGUUUCCUUAAGAUUACAUUUUAGCCAACCACUUUAAGCUCCUCCUAUAUCAGAGUUAUCUGAACUCUGGGAUGGGGAAUAAACAGAAGAAAUGAAAGGCAUAGUCUCUGACUACAUUCUAGUUUUAAAGACUGAACUUACAAACUUCAGAUGCUUGUGGAACAAUUUCUAAACAAGUGCAAAUUCAUGUUAAACCACUUUGUGUGACUAUAUACCAUGUUGAAGUAAUGUAAAAGAAAACAGAAUUGGGUGGAAUUAAUUGGCAAAAACUUCUUGAAAAAGCAUCAUUAAUCCAGAUUUGAAGGCGACCAGACUUUGGCCAAGUGGAAAGGUGAGCAUUUUCUUGGCCUAUAUCUCUUGUCCUUUGUCUUGUUUGAAAAGUAUUUUAAAAUUUAAUAGUGUAUUAUUUUAUACUCUGGUAACUGAGGUCUGAUUAUAAUUAAAUUAAUAAAAUUCUAUAAAAGAAUCUGCUGACAUGAAAGGGAAAAUCUUUGUCAAAUGAUACCAAAUAAGUGAACAAAGUAGGAAGUGGGGCCUACAAUAUCAUGAGACGUGUUUUGCCUCACAAGAGUUGCCUCUUUGUUAAUGUAUCCCCCUACCCUCAUAAAGCAGCACUGGCCUUGACAUUCCGAGUGAACUACAGGAAGUGUCUCCUACCUGCUGCAUGUGAGCUGAGGCAGCCAGGGUUGAACCUCAGAACUGAGCCGUGUCUUCCAACAAAUCACAAGACAGAUCACAGGACUUUCUGCAGUCCUGGUUACCAUUCUCUACAGAGCUUUGAAGCUUGGAACCCUUCCAGGGUAGACAUUUUCUCUUGUGCUGCUGCGGCUAUCAGGGGGCUAGCUCCUGGGUUCCUGUCUUCAAGAAGCAACUACCUUAAGCGCUGAACCAUACUCUGUCCUCACCAGAGGCUCCCGUGUUUCUCAGUGUUGGGUAAUUAAACACCUAGUCCUUGCUUUCCAUCUUUCCCCUAAGCUACUUCUGUGGGUCCACGGAAGACUUGGUAGUACAGUGAGAAUGGCUACAAACAUGGAUUUGCCAGAGCCUGGGAACUGACUUUUGAGCCCCAAAGAGCCCACCCUAGUUCAAGGUCCUUUGGACUGGAGAUGCAGCCUUGGGAGAUCUGUGAAGUCAACAAACCACUGCGAAGCUAUUGGUCUUCGAAGUGUAUGAGCAUGUCGUUUCUUUGAUGAAAAAUAUGUUUCUCUCGUACACUCAAACGUUAACAGUCACGUAUCCAACUUCUUCACUAAGUGAGGUGUUCCAUGGAGUUCACCUUUUUCAGAUCAUUGCGUUGCUCUUCAGGCACUAAAACUUUUUAAUCAUUUUUAAGAAACUCUUUAGAUUCUAUUAAAAAUAUGUCUGUCUUCUUAAACAGAAAUUAUGCAUUGAAUAUCAUUUUAACAUUUUGUUAAUAACUCAAGGUCAUCAGUUAUUACCAUUACUGAAACCAUGCAAUUAUUGGUUUAUCCCAGGGAAAAGGCAUUUGUUCUAUUCUUAGGCAGCCAGUCAAUCAAGAUUAAAGUGUAUUAGCAGAGUGAUGCUCAGACCUGUUCAGAGCUUGGGGAAUGCCAUUAAAUACUUACAUAAUUAAUUCAGUUACAUGAACUAAGCAGUUUACUAAUGAAAAUGUUGUCUAUGUUCAGGUCAGUUGUUUAAAAAACAGAAAAAAAUUUAGUAGAGGAAAUCCUACCCAUUAACUUUUCCUGGGUGAGAAAAAAAGCAAACACCUCAUUUUCUUGUAGCUUUUAAACACCUGGUCUGUUGCUCCAUAGGGUCAGGAUUUGGGAACCACUCUAAUAGGAUAUUGAGCAGAUCAGUCCCAUUUGUAUAGAAAUGGUCUCAUCGUGUGAAAAAGGAAAUGUUACGUGUUGUCUCUUUAGCUUGAUUGUGGGUACUUUUAGAGCAAGGACCAUGUCAUGCUCAUCUCUGCAUCCCUAGCACAGUGCAUGAGACAUCAAAAAUACUUAAUAAAUGCGGUUGAAUGGAUGAUGAUUCAUGUUAUUUAUGCACUAGAAAAGCAUGUUUCUAUUUAAGUAAGCUGUAAAAAGUAUUAUUGAAUAUUUACUGUAAAUAUAUGUUAACAUAAAAAAAUGAGAGGUCUUUGUGUCCCUGAUAUAUUAUCAUCUUUAUGAAAAUAAUCCUUUUUGGUUUCUGUAGAGCAAUUAGAAAAAUGAAUUAUUUUGAGGAUUUGAAGAAAGUGUUCUUUUUGUGAUGUCACUUUGUUCCACAGUAAAACUUUAUUUUCAGUGUUCCUACUCUUCAUUGUUUACAUUUUUGAGGGUUUUUUUAAAAUCACCUACAAUCUGUAAAGAAUGUAUAUAUUCUUUUCAGCAUCUCAGUUUGAAAAGACAUGCCGUUAAACUUGACCUUUUGAUAAUCGCUCUUAUAGGUCAUUGUCUGUUCUAACAGUAAAUUGUAAACAUCUGCUUCAUGGAUAUGUGGCUCUCAGCCAUUAUUUUGUCCUGUGGUAUUUAUUGAAUGUCCACAUUCUAAUGGUGCACAGAUAUUUUUCUAUAAAUCUUUCGACUGUUCUGUAAUUCAUUCUUAGGAUUUAACUUGAAGAUACCACAGUUGCUGGCAUUUGAUGUUUAGCAAUAAAAGAAUAAAUGUGUACCAGCA